AGGAACAUUGAAUUUUUUCUGAAUUAAAAUAAAAUAUUUUUUUUAUUUUAGAAGAAAACAAUAUGUAAUUGAAUGGUGUUGUCAGUAACGUAUAGGUUUAGGGCAGAUUAAUAGGAGAUUUAUGUGGUAGGAGGUAUUUUUAUGAUUUUUAUGUCAUGGACAUAGACAUGUGAUAGAGGCAGGCAGGUUUAAAUGGCAUUUCAGUGUUUUUAUUUUUCCUGUAAUUUUUGAAGCGCUAGAAAUCAAUGGUCUUGAACAUCAUGUAGUCAGAAAUGAUUCACAUAGAGGUUUUAAUCAUUCACUGUUCAUUCACCCCUCCUCUUUACCGUUCUUUCUUUCUACCUGUCUCUCUCUUCUCACUGUUCCCUUUCCUUAUUCUUUUUAUUUGUAUUUAGUAUUAUAAUUUAACUGUUUUUCCCCCAGGUAAAUUAACAUACAGCACAUUCUCAUAUACAGCAGUGACCUGGGUGAAUACAGGGGACGGACGAAAAUCAUUGGUCAUGUUGUAACACCCCACUUCUCUUCCUACCUCCAACAGUGUUCUUCUAACCCCUAACCACUGUAUCCCCAGUAGGAAGAUGGCCGGUCAGGCAUUGAACUCCUUCUUUCGGAGCCUCUCCAGGAGAAAGCCCCUGGAGCCUGAGGGAGAGGAGUCCACCUUUAACCGCUGUCUGACCACCCUGGACCUGAUUGCCUUGGGGGUGGGGAGCACCCUCGGGGCAGGAGUCUACGUUCUCUCCGGAGAGGUUGCUAGGACAUCGUCAGGCCCCAGUAUCAUCAUCUCCUUCUUCAUUGCGGCUGUGGCGUCCAUCUUUGCCGGCCUGUGCUACGCUGAGUUCGGGGCUCGUGUCCCCAAGACAGGGUCAGCGUAUCUCUACAGCUAUGUGACAGUGGGAGAGCUGCUGGCUUUUAUUACCGGGUGGAAUUUGUUGCUGUCUUACGUAAUAGGGACAUCUAGUGUGGCGAAGGCAUGGAGCGGGACCUUUGAUGACCUCAUUGGGAAUGUCAUGGGGGACUUCUUCAGAGACAAUCUGUACAUGGGCCUGCCGGGCCUUGCAGAAUACCCAGACUUCUUUGCGGCUACACUCAUCAUGCUCCUGGCAGGCCUGCUGGCUUUUGGCGUGCAAGAAUCAGCGAUAGUGAACAAGAUCUUCACAGCCAUCAACAUCCUGGUCCUUGUGUUCGUCAUUGUAGCAGGCUUUAUCAAGGGAGACAUUGGGAACUGGCAGAUCAGCCUGGAGACGCUCAUCAAUGCUACCGCAGAAUUCAAGAACCUAACCUCUACAGAAAACGUCACUAGUAUGUACGGGGUUGGAGGGUUCUUUCCAUACAGUUUUGAUGGGACAAUCGCCGGAGCCGCAACCUGCUUCUACGCCUUCGUAGGAUUUGACUGCAUCGCCACUACAAGCGAGGAGGUGAAGAACCCUCAGAAGUCCAUCCCCCUGGGCAUUGUGGCGUCCCUCCUCAUCUGCUUCCUGGCCUACUUCGCCGUGUCGGCUGCCCUCACCCUGAUGAUGCCCUACUACAUGCUGAAUACCAACAGCCCGCUGCCCGUGGCCUUCGACUACAUCGGCUGGGGACCUGCCAAGUAUGUCGUGGCCGUCGGUUCGCUCUGCGCCCUCUCCACCAGUCUUUUGGGUUCCAUGUUCCCCAUGCCCCGCGUUUUGUUUGCCAUGGCCAGAGAUGGCCUCCUUUUCAAGCCUCUCAGUAAAGUCAGCUCAAGACAGAGUCCCGUCAUCGCAACCCUGUCCUCCGGAGUUGUGGCAGCAAUAAUGUCCCUGGUGUUUGACCUGAAAGCGUUGGUUGAUAUGAUGUCCAUUGGGACCCUCUUCGCAUACACACUGGUGGCUAUCUGCAUUCUUAUACUCAGAUACCAAGAGACCAAAUCGGAAGAGUCAGAUCCACAGAACAUUAAAUCAACACGUUUUGGUUGUCUGGCACCUCCUUCAUCCCCCACAGCUAGCACCUCAAAAACAGUUACCAGUUUAACUGUAUUUUCCGUGGUUUGCGUGUUGAGUCUGUCCGUCAUGCUGACCCAAGCGAUGGAUGCUAUUAAGCAACAGGAGAUCUGGAGCUUGUUGUGUGUCUCCAUCGUAGCUUUGAUCCUCCUCAUCAUCAUCAUCGUCAUCUGGAGGCAUCCGCAGAAUCAGUCCAAGGCUGCGUUCAUGGUGCCCUUUCUUCCUGUGCUGCCGAUACUCAGUGUGUUUGUCAAUAUCUACCUGAUGGUCCAGUUAGGGGCAGACACCUGGAUGCGGUACGCUAUCUGGAUGGCCGUAGGGUUCCUUAUCUACUUUGGUUACGGUAUCCGCAACAGCGUUCAGAAGCAGAGGAACCAUAGCAGUCUGCAGAAGAUUGAGACUAUCAGUGAAAAGAUGGAGGAGCCUGUCAAAGAACAGAAGUUCUAAAGCUGAGUGGACAGGAUAGCAACAAGAUCCCAUAACUACAGAACAGCACAGGACAGAACAGAAGAGGACAGGUGUUCUGAUGUUACAGUUAGUUUUUUUAGUUAAUUUACUAUAUGGCUAAAUGUAGGUGUCAGCCUGUAGCAGAAGUCAAGUACCCAGGCUACUGUAAAAUGUCACAGGUGAUGUUAAGGCAUAUCAUAUGUUUGUACAUUUCUAUUGUGUUUUUAAGAAUAUUUUGAAAAUGUAAGCAUGUAUUUUACUUCACUUUGGUCUUUUGUAGAAAUAUAUUUUGGUUAUCACAUUGUUAUUUUAAUGCAGUAUUUAAUGUUAUAGGACACGUCCAAAGUAAAUACUUAUUAGGUGUUAAGAGUUAAGUUGUCAGUUGGUUAGCAAAUGUGACCUUAGGCUCUGGGUUCAGAGAGUUAAUCUACGUUCACAUCUCUUGAUGUUGUAACAGUGAUAAGGAGAUAAGCCAUUGUAUUAGUCAGAGGCUGUAAGGAUGAUGUGUGCUAUCAUAACCGGCAACUUACGAAACAAUUUAUCUUGGCUCUGACAUCUUAUCAAAUGUAAAAUAACUUAUCGGAUGUUUAAACCAUUUUCCAUACAACCCUGAGAGAAUUGAAAUGGUGUAGUUAAUGUGAUUGCUGAAAGACAGAAAACUGUUGUAAUCCAAGUAUUCAAGCUUCAGUCUUUUUUAUUGUUCUUCCUUAAUAUGUUGUUUGAGAAAAUCUCAAGGAUAUGGAUUCCUUUGUAAAAUCCAAUACACUUGAAUUGCAAUAGA